AUGCAGGACAUUCGGGAUGACAUCAUCGAGGCUGCGCAGGCCAAGGUCUCGUCGGUGGGCCCGGUUCCCGAGGCCCCAAGCAUCACGCAUUCUGCCAAGAAGAUCAAGGACCUGCUGACCGAGGACCCCUCCAACCUGGAGCUGAUCCUCCGCCUGGGGCUCGCCUACGCGCAGGACGGAGCCUGGCUGAAGUGUGGCAACGUGCUCCAGCGUGGCUGGGCCCGCGCCGGGGAGCUGGAGGACCCUGCCGAGCGCGCCGCGUACGCCGCCACGCUGGCGGAGGCGCUGCACAAGCAGGGGCAGCACAGGGGGGCGCUGCAGGCGCUGCUCGCCGCGGACGAGCCGGCCGAGAAGGGCGCGCGCCGGCGGCACUUCUCGCUGCUCUGCGGGGUCCGCUGCGCGCUGGGCGAGGCCCAGGCGGCGCUGCGCGAGCUGUGCCGGGCCAUCGAGGGGCAGGCGUUCGAGGACGUCCUGACAGUCUGGGCCGCGACGCGGUCCGCGCUGCGAGGGGCGGGCGUCUUCGACGGCGCCCGGGGCGCCGUGGCGCGCGCGGCCGCCACGGAGGAGGACCGCGUGCGGCUCAGCACGCUGGACGACCUGGCCGACGCCACGGCGGGUGAGGCCGGGCGGGACCGCCCCCCUGGCGGCGGGCGGCGCGCAGCCGCGCCGCUGCACCGCCUGAGGAUCUCGGCCAUGCUGCUGGGGCAGCGGGCAGGGGUGCUGGCCCGGGCGGCCUUUGCGGCCGCCGGCCGGUGCUGCCAGGGCAGGCGGCACGCGUGCCGCGCGCAGGAAGGCCGGCUGCUGCAUCCCACGUGGGAGCACGGGCGCGCCUGCGGCAGAGCGCGGGAGCGCCGAGGCGAGUACCUGUCGCUGCUGACGGCCGCCGACCAGGAGCACCUGGCCUCCAAGGGCUUCGAGGACUGCGCCGUCAGUGCGUUCGCCGCCGCGGCGGGGACCCAGGAGCGCCUGGGCAGCGGCGGCGAGCUGGGCACGGCCUUGUGCGCGGCCCUGGGUGCGCUGCCGCAGAUGCAGACGGCGAUGGCCUCGGAGCUGAAGGCUCCAGCGGCUGCCUCGCACCUGCUGGCGGCCUACAGAGCCGAGCUCGACUCCCUGACCGUGGACCGCUUCCCUGACAUGGUCCGCUUCGCCCUCGCCUACCGCAUCCACUGCUACUUCGAGACCAGCCGGCUGCAGAAGGUCGAGGUGCACCGGUCGGCGAGUGCUGGGCCGCAGGUGGUCUUCGUGCUCGGCGGGCCCGGCGCUGGCAAGGGCACGCAGUGCACCCGGAUCUCGGAGGCGUUCGGUUUUCACCACCUGAGCGCCGGCGAUUUGCUGCGGGAGGAGCGGGCCAGGCCUGGGUCCGAGUACGGUGAGCUGAUCGAGAGCUACAUUCGCGAAGGUAAGCUCGUGCCCGUGGACAUCACCGUGAAGCUCCUGGAGGCCGCCAUGAAGCAGAGGGGCUGGGCCGACGGCAAGUUCUUGAUAGACGGCUUCCCCCGGAGCAAGGAGAACCUCGAGGGCUGGGACCGCGUCAUCGGCGAUCAGGCGACCGUGAAGUUCGCGCUCUUCUUCGACCUGCCCGAGGCCUGCAUGGAGGAGCGCCUGCUGGAGCGCGGCAAGACGAGCGGCAGGUCGGACGACAACAUCGAGUCCAUCCGGAAGCGGUUCCGCACCUUCCAGCAGGAGUCCGUCCCAGUGGCCGAGCACCUGGCGUCGCGGGACCUCCUCAAGAGGGUCAGCGCGGAGGAGAGCGUCGAGGAGGUCUGGCACAACGUCCAGGCCAUCUUCGGGCCCACUGUGGUCUUCGUCCUUGGCGGGCCCGGCUCCGGCAAGGGUACGUUGUGCUCCCGCAUCACCCAGGCCUUCGGCUACGCGCACCUGAGCGCUGGGGAUCUCCUGCGGGAGGAGCGCCAGAGGCCCAGCUCCGAGUACGGCGAGCUCAUCGAAAGCCACAUCCGGGAGGGCAAGCUGGUGCCCGCGGAGAUCACGGUGAAUCUUCUGCUCCGGAGGAUGCGGGAGACCGGCUGGGAGGGCGGCAAGUACCUCGUGGACGGCUUCCCGCGGAGCUCCUCGAACUUGGAGGCGUGGGAGCAGGCCGUCCAGGGCCGCGUGUUCGUCAAGUUCGGCAUCUACCUGGAGUGCAGCAUGGGCGCAAUGGAGGAGCGCCUGCUGCGUCGCGGCCAGACGAGCGGCAGGAGCGACGACAACAUCGAGGUCAUCCGCAAGCGCUUCAUGACCUUCCAUUCCGAGUCGAUGCCCAUCGUCGAGAAACUCCAGGCCGAGGGGAUGCUUCGGAAAGUGGACGCGGAGAAGUCGCCGGACGAGGUGUGGAAGCAAGUGCAGCCAUUGUUCGGCCCGUCGGUGGUGUUCGUGCUCGGUGGGCCCGGAUCCGGCAAGGGCACGGUCUGCGCGAGGAUAGCGGGCACGUUCAAUUAUCACCACCUGAGCGUUGGAGAUCUCUUGCGCGAUGAGCGAAACCGCCCUGGGUCCAAGUACGGGGAGCUGAUCGAGGGCUGCAUCCGGGACGGCAAGCUGGUUCCCGUGGAAAUAGUGGUGAAGCUCCUUCGCAACGCGAUGUGGGCAAAGGGCUGGGAGCGUGGCAAGUACCUCAUCGAUGGCUUUCCUCGGAGCGCCGAGAACAUGGAGGGCUGGACGAGUGUCGUCGGCGACCAGGUGAACGUUCAAUUCGCCCUCCACCUGGACGCCACCAGGGAGACCAUGGAGGCGCGCAUCCUGGAGCGCGGCAAGACGAGCGGGCGGUCCGACGAUAAUGCUGAAACCCUCCGGAAGCGCUUCGACACAUUCCAGCAGGAGUCGGUCCCAGUACUGCAUGCAUUCGAGGCGCAAGGAAGGCUGCGCAGGGUCAACUCCGAGAAGAGCGUCGAUGAGGUCUGGCACAGCGCGAAGAUGCUGUUCGCGCCCACCGUGAUCUUCGUGCUCGGGGGCCCGGGCGCUGGAAAGGGCACGCAGUGCGAGCGCAUCGCCGGCCAGUUCGGCUUCCACCACUUGAGCGCCGGCGACCUGCUGCGGGCGGAGCGCAAGCGUCCUGGCUCGGAGAUGGGGGAGCUGAUCGAGGGCUACAUCCGAGAUGGGAAGCUGGUGCCCGUGGACAUCACGGUGCAGCUGCUGCAGAAGGCCAUGGAGGAGCGCGGCUGGGAGGGCGGCAGGUAUUUGGUCGACGGCUUCCCGCGCAGCGCCGACAACAUGGAGGGCUGGCAGAGGAUCCUCGGGGACAAAGUCAACGUGAAGUUCUGCCUCUUCUUCGAGUGCUCCGAGGCCACCAUGGAACGUCGGCUGCUAGACCGCGGGAAGAGCAGCGGGCGCUCGGACGACAACGCGGCGACCAUCCGAAAGCGAUUCCAGACCUUCAGCGCGGAGACGGUGCCGAUCGUCGCCCACUUCCAGCAGCAGGGCCGGCUCCGCCGGGUCGACUCGGAGCAGGAAGUGGAGGACGUGUGGGCCAGCGUCCGGGAGGUAAUGUCCUUCGAGAUGAACCCGCACAUGCCCAACCAAGCUCUCGUGUUCCUGAAGCCGCACGCGCACAACCCACAGGCCGAGCGCUUCCUGCAGUCCUACCUCGUGACCCACGGCAUCGCGGUUCUCGACCGGGGCGCCGUCUCCGCGAGCGAGCUCGCCGAGCGCGGCCUCUUCGACGCGCACUACUCGCAGCUGGCGGCCAACGCCUCCGCCGACCCGGGGGCCCUGCAGGUGCCGCCCCGCGGGCAGGAGGCGUUCGAGCAGCGCUUCGGCGUGGCGUGGCACGAUGCGGUCGGGUCCGCCGCCGUCCUGCCCGCGACGGAGGCGGGCGCCAGGCUGCAGAUGACCAACCAGCAGCUCCUCGAGGCGUGGGACGCAGCAGGGCCCCUCAAGCUGGCGCCCAGCCUCUACGUCGCCCGCCUGACCUCCCCGGCGGCGCCGCAGGCCGAGGCCUUCGUGGUGAACGCCUUCCUGUGCCAGCAGCGCGACAGCUUCCUCAAGGGGGGGGAGGGGCUGCUGUGGCUGGUCGUCGAGUUCGACCCCGCCGUGAUCUCCUGGGGCAAGUUCCGCUCCGACAUCUGCGGCAGCACCAACCCCUCCAAGGCUCCCGAGGAGUCCAUCCGCGGCCAGUUCUACCGCCACUGGGAGGCGCUCGGCCUGGACGGGAUGCCCUCCACGAUGAACAACGCGGUGCACGCGUCGGCCGGGCCCCUCGAGGCGCUGCGGGAGAGGCUGCUGUGGACGGGCGCCAAGCUGGAGCAGGACCCCCUGGGGCGCAGCCUGCUCGCCGCGGGCGUCCCCCCCGGGACCGUCGAGCUCUGGAUGGGCAACCCCGGCGUCGACCGCUGGCCCGACGGCCUCCGCAGCCAGGGCGGGCCCAUCUUCGACUGCACCGAGGAUCACCGACACAGACACCGCCGUGUUCCGCGAGUCCGCGGUCAAGUUUGUGCAGAGGGCGGGCAUUCCACCCGCCGAGUUCACGCUGCGCACGGUGCCGCGAGUGGACGUCGUGCGCGAGGCCGAGCAGAGGUGCUCGACGCCGUCGCUGCAGGGCUCGCAGAGGCCCAAGGCAAUGACCAUCCUCCACUUCAACGACGUAUACAACGUUGCGCCGAGGGAGAAAGAGCCCGUCGGCGGGGUUGCCCGCUUCGUCACCCGCGUGCGCGAGCUCAAGGCCGAGUCCGUCGCCCGCGGCGAGGAGGAGGCCGUGGUGCUGUUCAGCGGCGACGCGUUCAACCCCUCGAUGACGUCGACCACGACCUUCGGCAAGCACAUGGUGCCCGCGCUGAAUGCCAUCGGCAUCCACACGGCCUGCUACGGGAAUCACGACUUCGACUUCGGCGUCGACAACCUCAUCUCCAUGGCGUCGUCGAACAACUUCCCCUGGCUGAUCAGCAACGUCACCGACAAGAAGACCGGCCGCCCCCUGGCCGAGGGCCUCACCACGCGCAUGCUCGACUUCCAUGGCAGGAAGAUCGGCCUCAUUGGGCUCGUGGAGAAGGAGUGGCUGGUGACCCUUGCCACCAUCGACCCAGACGACGUGGAGUACGAGGACUUCUGCCCCUGCGCCCGCCGGCUGGCCACCCAGCUGAAGACCCAGCAGGGCGCAGAGAUCGUCAUAGCGCUGACCCACAUGCGAGUACCGAACGACGAGCUGCUCGCCCACGAGAUCGCCGAGGUUGA